CCCUUACCUCAAGGGUGACGUCAUUUAUCCCUCGAAAGGAAAAAGAAAGGUAAAAAAAGGGCUGUUGUACGCUCAGCUCAUCCCAUCUAGGUCUAGACCUCAAUAAUAAUAUACAAAUUUAUAAAUAAGCCUAAUUUCAUUAAUAAUUUUAUUAUUUUUCCAUAUGGACGAAUAGACCCCUUCUAAGGAGUUCUUUGUCUCUCUCUCUCUCAAGUCCUAGUCUCUCUCUUAUGGAUACCCAUUACUUGGAAGUUGGAAAUUUCACUUUGACAAAAGAAGGCUCACAAUAUAUAGAUAUACUUUUAUUUAUUUUGUUGGUUGAAAUUGAAAAAGGUCGGUAGCUGGGCGCUGCAAGUCAUCUGCGGUACGUAUAGCAGUCAUGGAAAAACAAGGCCGUCGUCAUCACAUAAUCCCCAAACUCUUCCCCCACUCCGUCUCCGAUUGCUCAUUUAAUGCUUCCGAUGAUGGUCUUGUUGACGCUACCAACAACACUAGUAGCAGCAACCCCUCAAUCCCAAUCCCAAUCCCAAUCCCAAUCAAACAACUUUUCAGACAACCAAAAGAAAUCAAAGUAAUGGAUUUCUUUUCCGAUAAUAAUAUCAUGAAUGAUGAUGCUGAUGAUGAUGAGGAGCCCCGUCGUCAACCCCAACAAGACUGCAACAAUAAUCCUCCGGCUGUUAACACAGGAUUGAAUCUCCUCACUCUAAAUUCCGGAAUUUCAUCAACAUCUGCCAGUGAUAUUCAUCAAAAUUCCAAUAACAAGCUGAUGACUAGUCUUCAAGUUGAGUUAGAGCGGCUACAUGAAGAAAAUGGCGAGCUCAAAACCAUGUUAGACCAAAUGACCAAAAGUUACAGCCAGUUGCAAGCUCAGCUACUCAUGGCGAUGCAGAAACAGGCACAAAACAGACUACGAGAGCCGAUUAAGUGUGAGGCAAAUGGCAUGUUGGCCAGACAAUUCAUGGAUCCACGGCCAUCUACAGCUGCUGCAAUGGACCAUGUCCGCGAUCCAUCAGUUGCCUAUUCUUCUGGAAAGACACCGGCUGAUCAUGAAGCCUUCUCAUCAUUUGCUCCAUCAAAUUUGAAUAUAGAGGUGAUGUCAAUGGAGCGUGACCAAUAUCAGAGGAGGCUGCAAACUAAUAUUAAUUGUGCGGAAGAAGCUCUUGACCGGUCAUCCCAGUGUCCAGGGUCCCCUAAUUAUACCAGUAAAAGUAGCGAUCCCAAUUUAUUUGAUGAUGAUAAUGAUGAGCCCAAACGUAGUACUGAUCAAGAACAAGUUCCAGUGGCUGAUCAGAUUCCUUUUAGGAAGGCAAGGGUUUCCGUACGAGCAAGAUCAGAAGCUCCUAUGAUUAGCGAUGGAUGUCAAUGGAGGAAAUACGGUCAAAAGAUGGCAAAGGGUAACCCUUGCCCACGUGCUUACUACCGUUGUACUAUGGCCAUUGGAUGCCCCGUUCGCAAACAGGUGCAAAGAUUGGCGGAGGAUAAAACCAUUCUCGUAACUACUUAUGAAGGUAAUCACAGCCACCCUCUGCCUCCAGCAGCCACAGCCAUGGCCAAAACCACGUCAGCAGCAGCUGCCAUGCUGCUAUCAGGUUCAACUACAAGCAAGGAAGCUCACCAGUAUCAUCAUCAUCAUCUAGCAAAUUCUGGCUUCUUCUCCAAUUCCCAGCUGCCCUUCUUCACUUCGUCCAUGGCCACAUUAUCAGCCUCUGCACCAUUUCCCACCAUCACGCUGGACUUGACUCAGAGCCCCAUGCAGCAAUUCCACCGAAUCCCGCCACCUUCCUCAUCCACAUUUCCUCUGCCUUUGCAUGGUUAUCACCAGCUUAUGGGUGGGCUGGGGCAUCCUAUCCAAGCCCCAAUGUAUUUCCCUCCUAAUUACAAGGCACCCCCACCACCUGCUGGAGUGCCGCUAGGCGGCCAACGUAGUACUAGUACUCAUGAUAGUGGCAUGAUUGAGACUGUUGGUGCAGCCAUUGCUUCUGACCCCAAUUUCACUGCAGCCCUAGCUGCGGCCAUCUCAACUAUUAUGGGGGCACCCCGCCCCCACCAGGGCCACCAGGGGGGGAUUAAUAUUAAUGAUGGAGACAUCGCUAAUAAUAAUGCAGCUAGAGGAGUAGUUGCAAGUACCAAUCAUUCCCCUCCUAGUGCUAAUAUUGGGGUUCCACCCGGAUCAUUACAGCCUGGAUCCCCACAACUUCCUCAGUCCUGCACCACUUUCUCCACCAACUAAUCAUCAUUUACUCAUAUGUCCUGUUGGGUCACUAGCUAGCUAUGUUUUGUUUUCAAUCCAUCUUAGAUUCACGAGGGUGUUAUAUGCCAUGAACUAUAUCUAAUCUAAGAUCGGGUGUUGUUUGUUGCCUUUGCUGCUCUAUCUAAAAUGCAUAUAUAGCUCGGUUUUAAUAGAUACAUUCAUUGUUCAUGUUUGGGAGUCGAGUUGGGCUAAGAUAUUGUUUCGCACCUGUAGAUAUAUAGUGAAUUAUGAUUAUACGCGUUGUAUUACUGAUCAUCAAGUUUGAUGAGACAACAUCUUCCUUGUACAUAAAUAAAAGGUUAUAUAUAAAGA